AAAUAUAGUAUAUAACAGUGUUGUUUUAGUUUUAAAAUACAUAGUAAACAUUGUUUAGGUUGAAAGAAAUUGUAUUCGUUUUAUUAAAAUGUCGAAGUUAAGUGUAGUUGUUUUGAUUGCGUGUUUCGCCGCUGUUUUUGCUACGCAACCAACAACAGCGACGGGCGUACAAUUACCAGCAGUAUACCCCCUAGUAAACAUCCUCCUACCUCUACUAAACAACGUCUACAAUCUACUCCUCUCUCUCCUCUCAAUCUUCGACACCCUCCCAGCGAAUAUAAGCUGCAUGAUUCCCGUCGACUUAAGCGCUUUAGAAACCUCUUUAUUAAAACUCUAUUCUCAAGCCUUAGCUAUAGUUAAUUUCUUAAGAUCGUUACCUGAAUACGCUAUUGGCGCGAGUCCGAACACGCCUCCCGCAAAUAUUGUAAAUCUGCAAGGAUUGCUGACAACACUGAUUUCAACUGUCACUGAUUUGACAGAUGAUCUUUUGACAAGCAUCGGCGGUGCGUUGUUGCCAGGCUUAUUGCAGCUCGUUGUGAUGGUCGUGCAAGCGCUGUUGAGUUUGUUAUUGUAAUUUUAUUUUGUUUUUUUGU